CAGGUAGCAAGGGAAAUGUCAGCUUAUUUCUGGGGAGAGCUCUUGCCAAGAGGGCUCAGUGCCACGGGGUGUCCAGGAUCCACAGCGGCCAGUGCCGCCAGUCACCUCCUAGCCUUCCGACGGCUCAGCCUCCUGGCCGCAACCCCUUUGUCCCACCAAGCCAUGGAGAGGAACUCCAAGCCUGCAGGGGCUGAGGACACUUCUCUGAAUCUGCCCACCAAGCCAGAGAAUGAGAAUGAAGGGAACCAGCUUCACUCAGAGGAUCGGGACGAGGUGGAGGCCCAGGCCACUGCGCAGUGGAGUUUGGCAGCCAAAAUGCAGCAAGUGAAAAAUUACCUGUGGGACCCUGAGAAGAGGGAGUUUUUGGGCCGGUCAGGCCAGAGCUGGAGUCUGAUUUUGGUCUUCUACCUUAUCUUCUAUGCCUUCCUGGCCGGGAUGUUCGCUCUGUGCAUGUACACCAUGCUGCUGACCAUCAGCCCUUACAUCCCAACCUACAGGGAUCGAGUGAGCCCCCCCGGAGUUAUGAUCAGGCCCUACACAUACAGCUUUGUCUUCAACUUCAAUGCAUCUGAACGGAGCACGUGGGUCUCUUAUGUGGACAGUUUGCAUCACUUCCUUCAGGCGUACAAUGACAGCAUUCAAGAUGAAAAAAAUGUGAACUGCACUCCCGGGCAGUAUUUCAUCCAGGAGGGAGCAGAGGACAAAGAGAAGAAAGCUUGUCAGUUCAAACGCUCGUUUCUGGGGAACUGCUCGGGCCUCGAUGAUCCGACGUUUGGCUAUUCCACCGGGCAGCCUUGUGUCCUUUUGAAGAUGAACCGGAUUGUAGGCUUUCAUCCUGGCAAUGGAGAACCUGUGAAGGUCAACUGCCAUGUUCAGAAAGGCAACAAGAGUGAUCUGAAAUCCAUGGACUUCUAUCCAGAGACUGGCACGUUCGACCUGAGUUACUACCCUUACUAUGGCAAGCUCACUCACGUCAACUACACGUCCCCGCUGGUGGCCGUGCACUUCACAGAAGUGAAGAAGAACCGGGCCGUGGGUGUAGAAUGCCAGCUGAAGGGCAGAAACAUCCAGAACAACGUCACCAACGACCGGUUCGUGGGCCGGGUGGUCUUCACGCUGAAUAUCGGCGGGUAGCUGCUCGGCCUCGGCUUCCCUCCCCCCGCUGCCGUCCUCCCACACGUCACCCAUAGCCACCCACUCUCUGAGGACACGGUCACGUAUCCUUUAGGACAACAAGUGCUAUCCAUCGCCUUAGGUUUGGAAAGGUCGCCCUGGUGCCCCCUGGAUGGACUUCCAUUUCCCUUCUUCCACUUAAUAAAGCAAGAACCACUUGUGCUGAUAA